GAUGACCAGAGACUGCAGACAGUAAAGGGGAUGACCAGAGACUGCGGACAGUACAGGGGAUGACCAGAGACUGCGGACACAGUACACGGGAUGACCAGAGACUGCGGACACAGUACAGGAGAUGACCAGAGACUGCGGACACAGUACAGGGGAUGACCAGAGACUGCGGACAGUACAGGGGAUGACCAGAGACUGCAGGACAGUACAGGGCAUGACCAGACACUGCGGACCAUUCACAAACGCUGGACCGAGGAACAGGUAAGAGCAGCUGAGCGGCUGGCCCGGUAUUCUGACAUGGUGGCGGCGGAAAUACCGGACUGGCCGCUUUACUGUAUAU